GCUGCAUUGACGGAUGUGUUAUUGUUUAUAGUCACAGUGACACAGCGUCCCUGGGUAUCACCGCCGGACUGACUUAACUUUUCAUGACAUUUUUCACUUCAAAUCGUCCAUCUUAUAGUUUUAUAAUCGUAGCAGCUACAGCCAUACGUUUUUUUAAUUAAAGUUUUGUGUGUUAUUUACCGGUAAGCUAGCUAACCGGCUUGUUGUCGGGGGAAGUGAGUCAGCUAAAGUUAAGAACAAGUUAACUAUAGUUUUCAUUUUUGUUGCCAUGGACCAAACUGACUCUUUCCCAGUGAAGCUGUGGGUCUACGACCUGUCCAGAGGAAUGGCUCGACAGCUGAGCGCUGCCAUGCUGGGGAAACACCUUGAUGGGAUAUGGCACACAGCGGUUGUGGUCCAUGAAAAGGAGUUCUUCUUUGUUGGAGAAGGCAUCAAUAGUUGUUCACCUGGUGAUACCCCUUUGGGUCAGCCUGACUGCGUUGUGGACCUGGGCCUCACCGAGGUUCCUGCAGAGAUCUUCAUGGAGUAUCUGACUUCACUUGCAGAGUCCACAUACAGCAGUGACAAGUACAACUUGUUGGAGCACAACUGCAACACUUUCAGCAACGAGGUGGCUCAAUUCCUAACAGGCAAAAAGAUCCCAUCGUACAUUACAGACCUUCCAUCUGAAGUACUGUCCACGCCAUUUGGCCAGGCUCUCCGUCCCUUACUGGAUUCCAUCAACAUUAAUCCUGGAGGCAGCAACAUAACCGGACAGCGAUAGAUAGGGCCAUGUAUAUUAAUGAUGAUAUAUCCAUUCAUUUUUGGUUUGCUGUUCCCAACCUCUCUUCAUCAGUGGGGAUGCUGUUAAUUGCAGUUUAUCACUAUUUUUUAUUCUGAAACCACAGGGACAGGUUUCUUCCACAAUCAGCUGGGGGUGCUCACUGCUGUGCAGGCAAUGGGAUUUUUAAUGCUGUAAUUUCCUGUUUACAUUGUUUUUCCUUCCCAGUAGACUUUAUUUUGACAGGACUAUAUUCGUAGAGCAGGGUAACGGUACGUUAAAGUUAAUAAUUAAGAAAUCUGUAUUUCUGCUGCUGUCAGGUCUUUGUAUUUCACCAAAUUAUGUCCUGUGUUAUCUGGAAGAUGUUAAAGUUUGUUACCUCUGAGACGUUUCAUUCAAAAACAAUCUAACGACCACAGAUCAUUUAAGUGCCACUUUAGAUACGGGACCAAUCAUCUCUUCAUCUUUACGUCUUUCAGUUGCUUUAUUUUUUACUUUAGUUUAGUUUAUAGAGAUCAAGUGUUACAUAUCCAGGAUUUAUGUAAAAUGAUAUUGACUAUAGGAUGAUUUUUGUAGUUAGACACAGUAAAUAAUAUAAAGCAGUAAAUAAUACACACUGUAGGUCUUAUGACGAUAACCACUUCCUUCCACCAUGGUAUCACUAUGGUGUGAUCAUUAUUCCCUCCUUAUGGAAACACAUCUUGUUGCUACCAUCCACUGUUCUCAGGUUAUUCUCAUAUCAGCACAAAAUCAUUUUUCUGUUCAUUCCUCGAUAAUCUUCCUUUGAACUAUUAAUUAUUAACUUUAAUUUACUUGCACGUACUCAUUAACAACGCUUAAAGCUUGUCUGCAUACGUUAGAAGAAGGAAAUUAAAUGAAAUUCUACCUAAAAAUUGUAAUUUUCCUCAAUUCCAUUGUACAAGGUCUGAAUUUUGAAAAUAAAGUAUUUAUUAUGA